CGGUCAUCUCAGCUCUGAGUUCAGUGUGGAGGGAGAGCUGAGCAAAGACAGACAUCACCGCUGCUGCUGCUCAGCUCUGCUGGAGAUAAACCAGGAUGUCCAUCCUCUGAAAACCACCAUUUAAACCAGUUUAAUCCGACCUGGGGACAUUACCGAGGAGGGGGAAUCUACCGCGUGGCUCCCGGUGGGGACAGAUGAGUCUGCGGUUUUUCUCAGCCCGUUAACGUGCGUCUUUGUUCGGGGUGACAUCCGUGACACCUUCACACCUCCGACAUGGAUCAAUCAGAGAGGGAGAGCAGGUCAGACGACGAGACCGAGUACGAGGACGAGGAGGUGGACCCCAGGAUCCAGGGAGAGCUGGAGAAACUCAACCAGUCCACCGACGACAUCAACAGAUGCGAGACGGAGCUGGAGGAUGCCAGGCAGAAGUUUCGCUCGGUUCUGGUGGAGGCCACGGUGAAGCUGGACGAACUGGUGAAGAAGAUCGGCAAGGCUGUGGAUGAGUCCAAACCUUACUGGGAGGCCCGCAGGCUGGCCAGACAGGCUCAGCUGGAGGCUCAGAAGGCCACACAGGACUUCCAGAGAGCCACAGAGGUCCUGAGGGCAGCGAAGGAGACUAUCUCUUUAGCCGAGCAGAGGCUGCUGGAGGAGGACAACCGACAGUUUGACUCCGCCUGGCAGGAGAUGCUGAACCACGCCACACAGCGGGUGAUGGAGGCAGAGCACACCAAAACGAGAAGUGAGCUGGUUCACAAAGAGACGGCGGCCAAAUACACGGCAGCGAUCAGCCGCAUGAAGCAGCUGGAGAAGAAACUCAAACGUACCAUCAACAAGUCAAAGCCCUACUUUGAAAUGAAGGCGAAGUACUAUCUUCAGCUGGAGAACCUGAAGAAGAACGUGGACGAGCGGCAGGCUAAAUUAUCUCAGGCCAAAGGCGAGUACAAGACGGCGCUCAGGAACCUGGAGAUGAUCUCCGACGAGAUCCACGAGCGACGGAGAAACUCGGCCAUGGGACCCCGGGGACGAGGCGUGGGCGCUGAGGGGGACAGCGUCUCUGGAGACGACACCUCCAGCUUCAAGAUGGAGUCGGAUGGAAUAUCCAUGGCGUCUGUGUGUUUUGAUGAUGAAGCGUGCGGCGGCAGCAGCAUCAUGUCUGAGGAGGACUCAGAGACUCGCUCCAUGUGCAGCCUGGGUUCGUCUCCCAGCAGCCCUCAGGAGCUGCUGUCGCCCUGCCCCUUCACCAGCUCCUCCUCCUCCUCUUCCUCCGGCACAUACUCCUCCGCCUCUCCCUCACCCACCCCCUCCUCCUCCUCCUCCCCCUCUCCUCCCUCACGGCCCUGCAGUCUGGACCUCCCCAGCACCGUGUCGCUGUCCGACUUUGGCCUCAUCUCUCCGGUGCUCGGACCACGGAGCGAGUGCAGCGGAGCGUCGUCACCUGAGUGUGACAUGGAGAGAGGUGACCGAGCAGAAGGCGCAGAGGGCGAUCUGGACAACGCUCCCGCCGUAACCACAACCACAAACAUCAACAUCAACAGCAGCUCCACUCCCAGCACCAAGAAGAGCUUCAGCCUGGAGUCGCGCUUCAGCUUCCUGAACCUGCGCCGCCCACGCACCGACAAUGCCAAAAACACGGACAAGGCCGAGGCGGGACACACUGUGGUGUUAGUCAAAGGGGUGUGAGGACAGAAGGAGGACUGUGGAGAGAUUUCUGACUCUCUGAGAGACUUCAACAAGCUGUUUAUAAGCUAAAACUGCACUCCAUCCUCCAACUCCCCCAUCACAGUGAGACUCUGAAUGUCAUUGUGUUUAUGAAGUGUUCUGUUCAUCUCAGCGGCGUUGUUUCUCCAUUUUCCUUCUCAAAGGACACUGCACCUUAGCACCGUCAGACCUGGGAGAGAAAGAGCACCGUUAUGUUUAGAGUGAGCUGCUGAAGGAGGGAAGACAAGGUUAGAAAAUCAUUUUACUUUAUUGUUUUUCACCAAAAGUACACUAGCAGCCGUGCACAGGCUGGGGACCUUUCUGCUUCGUCUCAAAAAGUACUUUAAAUGUUCAUCAACAAUGGGAAUGUAUGACUGAUAAACGGCAAUGUUCUGCUUUAUUCAACAGUUAGAAGAAAUUAAGUCACACAUAGAGAAAAGUAAAUAAAUAAAUAGUGAUUAAA